CGCGAGUGUGUUUGUGUAAGGUGUGCCGUUUUAUUUCAAUUCGCUAUGCGCGGUGUGCAACUCCAUGCGUAUGAAAAUUAAUGCAAACAAAUUGGUGUGAAUUUACAUACUACAUACAUACGUGCAUGAAUACACAGUUUUAAAUUUACAGAAAUCCAACAAAUUAUAUUUUAUAAAGAAUCAACUCUUUUUUAGUUACAUGAGCGUGUUUCGCAUCUAAUACCUGUUUAGAAAAAAAUACGACAGCAACAGCAUCAGCAACAACAAUUCUAAGCGCACUCGUACACUAACAAACACGUUUUGGCCGUGUUUGUAUGUAACGGUGUGUGGAGAUGUGUGUAUAUAUGCAUAUGUGUGUGUACAUCAAUUUCUAAUACAUUUUUUGUAGCGCCCCAACAACACUAAACUAAAUCUAAAUACAGACGAAACACUCAUGCGCGUGGAUUAUAAUCUGUUUGUUUUAUUUUUGUUAUUGAUUCAACUGACGUUAAAAUAAAUUUGAGCAGAAUUUUCUCAGCUGGACAGCAGUUGGCAGUCGUUUUUUAACGCUCAACAGUUACAUACAUUUGUUUGGCUUAACCAAUUUUUUAUAGUGCUGCCAUUGGAACACGAAGAUUAACAGCUUUUUAUGAUUGAAACGAAAGCAUCGCGCAAUUCCAAAACAACACACAAUUUCCCGAGAAAUUGUUUUAAACGUUGACAAUAAUAUUAUUGGCUGAAUUUGGCUAAUGAAAUUUGACACCUUCAACUACCAUAUUGCGACAUUUGAUGGUGGCGCGUGCGUGGGCAGCGCAUUAGACUUCAAAUAUUUUAUUGAUAUGUUGAAGGCAGUAACGGGGACUACGACGACGACGACGAUAGCAACAAUAAUAACAACGCAGCAACGUAUUGACCACAUCGAAGAAGAGCAGCCGAGCGUAGGAGUUGGUUGUUGACCUUUUUGCAGUGCAUUUGAUAUGCCUGCAGCAUGUGAGACGUGAGCCGUGAGCCGUGAGCAGUGAGCAGUGAGAAGAGCGCCAACGUUCCAAGCCAACAGACUACAGUAGCGAUACAACUACAACCCACACACAAUUACACUCACACACUUCAAUCACAUCACAUACCCAGCAUGGAGUGCCCAGAGCAGGAUGUCAUGCUGGAUAGCAACGAAGAUUUGAUGUCUACAUCGGGAACAUCCACAAAUGGCGCUGCCGGUGACACAAAUGGUUGUGGCAAGAAAUCGACUAUAACAUCGCCCGAUCCCACAUCGUAUGUGACCAAGGCCAGAGUUACGCGACCAACACCGCCGCCACCCUCUUACAACCCCAUGCAGUUUGUUCAGAUCAAGCCGUGCAAUUUAUAUCAGACAGCACAGCAGCAACUCAAAAAGGCCGAAGAGGUCAAGAAGUUGAAGGAGGUGAAGAAAGAAGAGCCCGAGGAGUGGCAGAAUAACCUUGACAAUUGGAAAUCAUCGCGGCGAAAACGUGUCGAACACAUCAUUGAUCGUGUGGUGGAAACGAAAAAACUCGAACUGGAGGAACAUGAUCGCAUGCGCCGAAAAUCGAAAACAUUUACCGAAAUGAUGGAGGAAAGAGCCGAACGGGGAGGCUCUCGUGCACGGGCUAAGCUGGCCUCUCUGGCCGUCUACAACGAGGACGAGGCAAAUGAUUUCAGCGACUUGGGCAUCGGCACGAGCAGUGCCAGCGGCAAGAGCAGUCUAUCGGAGGAUUACGACAACAACAGCGUUAUGAGCGACCAUGCUGCCGAGCUGGACAAAGCGAUUGGCGCUAAUGGUGGCGCUGCCAGCAUUGAGGAGCAACAGAAUCAUAUCAAUAGCAACAAUAAGCCCACAACAUCGUCCACCUCCAAGGGGGCCAAUGCUGCUGCCAUGCGCGAGUACAUAUCAUCACCGGGCUAUGACACCUCAUCCAGCACCGCGCCCGCCAGCUCACCCGAUCCCUGUGAGUACACGUACGAGGGCGCCAUACAGGACUAUAAGCAGCGCGUCCAACGCGCUAGCAACAGUGUCAAUAAGCCGCCAGCUGCGAACAAUAACAUGAAGACAACUAAUAGCAAUGGCGAGCACUCAGAGAUUGCGUAUCCCACACGACGUGGCAGCAAAAUUGAGGAUCGCUUGAGCGGCUUUGAGGUGACCUCUCCGAGUGAUACACAGGAGGGUGUUGAGAAGCAAAAAGUCGAUGUGCCCAAGGUGGACAUUUCCAAGCGCAAGGAGAUUUUUGAGCAACGCGAACAGGGUGAGCCGAAGAACAGCAAUGGCCUGCCACCCAAGGUGGUACUUCGUGACCGAUUCAAUGCCCCAGCUGUGCCACUGACCAAUGGCAAUGCAGUCGCGAUGCCAGAGCCCGCUGCCAAGAAGGAGGUGAAGCGCCUUUCGGGCGAUCUUACCAGCAUACGCGAUCGCAUGCAGAGCCUGGAGCAGCAGCGCAAUGCGUUCAAUGCCAGCAAGAGUGUCGAUGUUCCCGUUCCGCCCCUUAAACAGCGCUUGUCCAGUCUACAAAAUGCCGUUACCAAAGAGGAGCAGCAGAAGAAACCACCGCUGGUGGCGCUCAUUGAUGCGCGUCAGCUGGAGAUAAUGCGUGGCGAGGAAGAGCGCAUGCGACAACAGCAAAAACUGAGCGCACCAGCACCCCCGCCACCUGCGCUCAUUGUGGAGGAGCCUCCGGUACCGCCGGCAUCAAGUGGAACUAACGAUGACAGCGGCAUCCAGGCAGACAACGAGGAUAUGCUGCUGCAAAAAGAACAGGAGCAGCAGUUGAAUGCGGCCAUAGCAGCUCUAGCGCUGGAGGAACGUCAGCUGGAGGAGGCAGCCAAUGCGGUCAAUCAAAUUGAGCAGGAGUUUGCUGAACUGACGGACCUAAAUCCGGCCCCACUGACGACUGCGCCGAUCAACAAGCCCCAACUGCCGCCACCGCCAGCGCAAUCACAGCCAGCGCCGCAGCAGUCGCAACAGCAGCAGCCGCAACCGCAGCCGCGGGAUAUGGAAUUUAGUAUCAACGAAGCUCUUGAACUGGCGCUGGAAGCUAUCGAUAGGGAGGCGCAACGAAGCGUUGCAACUAAGCACAAGAUGGAGAAGGUAGAGAAGCAACAGGGAGAGCAGGAGAAGAUGGUGGAGAAGCAGGAGCAGGAGCAGGAGGAGGAGGAGGAGGAGGGGGGGAAUGAGGAGGCGGAGAAAGAGAAGGAAGAGCCGCAGCAGCAACAUGCGGCAGAACAAACAAAUGCAACAGCAAUGGAACCCAUCUAUGAGAACAUUAGCUCGACUAUAUCUAUGCACGAAGUAGAUAAUGAACAGCCGCCAGCGAUGAUAGCCAAUAGACGAAGAAGAAGCAUUCCAAAUAAGAACAACAACAACAGCAACAGCAACAAUAACAAUAAUGAUAUGCAUAAUCAAAUUAUUAAUCAAACAAACAGCAACAACAACUGCAAUAAUCAAACAGACAAACACGUGGUAACAAUAACAACAACAACAACAGCUUUAAGUGCGGCAUCAACAGCAACAACAACAACAACAGGCAACGACGCCGAACCCUACUAUCAAGUGCCCAAAGCCCUGGAGCCCUACUAUGAUGCCCCAAAACAUUUGCGACCCAUACCCGUCUACGAGAACAUCGAAAUCUUCUACACUGGUCUGGAUGCGGCCCAGCUGGCCAACGGCCACAAUGGGAUCACAACAAACGGUAGCAGCAUCAGCAAUGCCAUGGAACCGCCCAAAGAAAAACCACCACCACCGCCCACCGAGAGUCCACCGCCCGUGCCUCCAGCCACAGCGGAGGACGAACUGGAUGGUGGUGGCAACAUGGACACCUGGUCAUCGGACAACACCUACGAGACGAUUGCGGGGAGCACGCGCCGCCAACAGCUGAGCGAAGUGCCGCCCCAGCCAUCGCCGCCCAUCAAGCGCAUGAACUCUACGAAGCGCAUCAAGAAGGAGUUGCGGAACAAGCGCUCCAGUUUCUUGGGCAUCGAAACGGGCGGCGAUCUGGAUGAUGUGGAGAGCUAUUUGGAGUUAACAGUGGCACCACCGCCGGACAUGGCCCAGCUGCUGCAGGAGGAGCGUCGUCUGGAGAAGCAAUUGUACAUCAAAGCGGGUCUAUGCGAUAGUUCAGAUACAGGUGAAAGUCGAGACUCUGGCGUCUCGGAGAACCACUCGCGUCAGAGUAGCGAGCACUACACGAACUCCUCGGAGGAGAAUGACACGCAUUCGGACACGCCGCCACCACCACCGCACAGUCUCAAGCCCAGCAACAAAGAGGUGAUCUACCAGAAUGAGCAGGCACUGCUGAGUGUGGCGACGGCGGCACAGACGCCCCUCCUCCAGACCGUGAAGGGCAACUCGGCCGAGUCCUGGACAGAGUCGGCCACAGCAGCCGCAGCGGCCACACAAUCCCUAACCGAGGCCACGGCUACGGCGAAUGCCAAGAUGCUGUCCAUCGAGGAGAAAAUUCGCGAGCAGGGCGAGGUGUUGCGGGUGGAGCGCGAGUUGCUUCACUUUUCGCAGGAGGAGCUGAAGCGUCAGCGCGAGAACUUGCUGCUGCGCGAGAACUUGGCGCGGCGGGAGCUGCAACAUGGCGCCAAGAUGCUGAUGUCCAACAAUCGGCGCUCGCUGCAGGAUCUGCACAACGGCAUCAUCGGCAACGGCAUGCUGAGCGCCUUCCAGCCGCCCCAAGCGGUCUUACUGCAAUACCAGCAGCAGCAGCAACAGCAGAUCUAUGCGAAUGUGGCGCAUCUGCAGCAGCACCAGCAACAGCAAUACUACCAGCAUGUGGAGUCCGACUAUCGCAAGUCCAUGUCGGACUUGAACGAGUUCUCCAAGCGGCUCAUGUUGCCGCCACCCACGCCGCCCACCAAACCGCUGCGUGCCAUGCACAUAGCCACCAACGGCAAUGGUGGUGUUGGCAUCCUGGAGCCAGACUACGCCAGUGCCCGACAGCGCCACUCGCUGACCGCCGCACAGAGCAACGUCGCCGCCACCGCCGUCUACGGCGGCUCCCUUGUCAAGAUUGCCGGCGCCCCAUUGGCCGCCACACCCCGUGCCCCCGCCAACAACUACAUUUAUCAUCACCAGUCGGCACAGAACCUGAGUCAGUUGUCCGCGGCUGCACCAACAGCUGCUCCCCGGGAGGGGAACAUGUCCCGCAAUACGCUGCACGCGUUGAGUGCCACGCCCAAGCCCAAGUACACGGAUGGUUGGGUGCAGGUGCAGCAGCGGAAAAACUUUGACACCAAUUUGGCCAACGAUCCGGCCUGGCUCUCAGCCUAUCAGCAGAAGCGCAAGUCCAUGCCCGACUACAACGGACAGGCAUACAACAAUGCUGGCAGCAAUCAUUGGCUUGUCCAGGAGGCCGAGCAGCGACGUCUGCUGGAACAGCAACAGCAACAACAACAACAGCAGCACAGCAGACGCUCCAUGCCCACAACAAAUGGCAAAUCCAAUGGCAAGCCCCUGCCCGACUCCAUUAUACAAACCCUGACUGAGCGCGUCCAAAGCAAGGGCAUUGGGGAACGCAAACGCUUCGAGAACGGCAAUUAUAGUCAAGUGAUCAAUGGCAAUGGCUUUGCGCAGCAUUCACAAUCGCAGCAGUCUCUGAAGUCAUCCAACAGCAACAACAUUAAUAGCAAUGCCAAUACCAAUGGCAGCCAGGAGAAGGUGCUGAGUGUUAGCGGAAAGAAGAAAUGCUCUCAUUGUGGCGACGAAUUAGGUCGCGGCGCUGCCAUGAUAAUUGAGUCGCUGCUGCUCUUCUACCACAUUAACUGCUUCAAGUGCUGCGUCUGCCACGUGCAACUGGGCGAUGGACUGAAUGGGACGGACGUGCGGGUGCGGAACCACAAGCUGCAUUGCCAGAACUGCUAUUCGAGUGACGACGGCAUUAAGUUUAGUUGCGUCUGAGCUGGCGAUAGCUAGUUAUUGUUGUUAUUACGCGGCGUAACUUUGAUUAUUGUUGUUGUAGCCACUACCACUACUACUACUACGUCGUACAUAAAGCUACUAUGUACUACGUAUAUGUAUGUAUGUACGUAUCUAGGUGUGUUCAAUUAAAUGUUAAAGCUAAUUACAAACCAACCAACAAACAAAAAGUCAAUACGAACGUUUCAGCUUAAUGUUAAUUACGAUACCAUUACCAAGGUCAAGUUUUUAUAAUGUACAACUUUUUGCUAAUAUUAAAGUGUUUUUAAUGCGUUUUGAUUCAAAUUUGAACAUUUUACAGCAAUAAUACAUACAUAUGUAUAUCUACAUACUCGUACUAUAUGUAUAUGUAUAUGCGAGCGUAUAUCAAAGCCAAGCUCUCUUAAGCAAGUCAAAUUGAAGAUGCAUAUGCAUAUAUUAAAAUAUAUAUUAACUAUUGUAUGUUGAUAAAGUAUAAGACCAUUUGAGAUAACUGACAAAUUUUAUGAAUGUUGUUGAAUUUUUGAAAUAUAUACUCGUAUAACAA